ACAGAUGGGUUGCCAGGUUUCCAACGAAAUGUGCUUUUCAACAACUUUUCAACUUUGCGCCAUCGAUCAAAUUUUCUCCUCCAAUCAGUUGCUAAAUUCGAAUCCCCGGAAACGUAAUCGUAAUCCCUAAGAUGUCCUACCAAACCUGGCUGAACUAUCUGCAAUCGGCAGAGAAGAACUCGAUGAUUAGCGGUCGUGUUCGCAAGGUGCUCUAUAAAUUUCCAGACGGAAGGCAAAUGGCCGAGGAAUACAACAUGGAUACGGGAAUUGUACAACGAAGGGCCUGGAAGUCGAAGAGCAAUAAAAUAAUGGGCGAAUCGGAAUGGGAAAUCGAACUGGGCGAGGAGCCCCGUCAACUAAACUGGGCUGGCAAUAAAUCCCAAGGAUCUGGCGAUGAUGCGGACACCUUAGCUGGUGGUGACUUCACUUUGCGCGAAAGUAACACAGCUCCCCUUUUAACCAAACGGAUCACCAAGAAGAACAUCGAGUGGCGCAUCCGUAAUAUGCCUUAUUCUCUGGAUGUUUAUAAUGUUGCCGCUGAUCCAGAAAAGCGGGCCAUAGUUGUCCGCACCUCGAACAAGAAAUACUACAAAGUCAUCCAGACUCCUGAUCUGGAUCGCUGUGGGGUCAAGCCUUCGCAGGAGAGUCUUUCCGUGCACCACCAAUUCAACACUCUUAUAAUAACCUACCAAAAGCCCGCAAUUCUUUGUGAAAUGGAGGCGCAGGUCUUGCUUUUACUGAAAAAUGUCGAGACCGAAACGGACAUGGAUGAUCUGCUUAAGGGUCUGAUGGCCAAAUAAAUGUCUUAGAUUGUA